AUGCCACCCCCCAACACGGAGGAUUCUUUGGCGCCGACCAGUUCCCCGGCCCUCGAUGAUCCCGAUGAGGAAAAGAUUUCAGAAUAUCUAUCAUCACCAAUUGUUCCCGUCAUCGUCGGUCCCUCUGACUCAGCCCGAACCUUCCACUUACACUCACGCCUUUUAGUUAAAGCCUCCUCCUAUUUCAAAGCUGCUUUGAAACGGGAUCGUUUUACUGAAGGCCAAGAGCAGAAAGUGAAACUUGAGGAUGUUCAACCCGCUACCUUCAGUUUCUUUAUUGAGUGGCUCUAUUGA